GCAAGAGUAGUAACUCGUAAUGGAGAGUGAGGUUAGUGGCGGCGGUGGCAAUGAAUGAGGUGGAGGGCAGAGGUUUAUGUUUACACAACAAUAGCAACGGCAACCUCAUCACUCCCUCCAGUGAUGAUGACCUCAGAAACGUCUUUCACCAAAUCAGAACAACCAAAAACCCUGCCGUAAUUAAUUAUGGCGCUUCUUGGUGUCGCGUUUGCAGCCAGAUCCUGCCUUCAUUUUGUCAAUUGAGCAACAAGUUUCCACAAUUAUCUUUCAUAUAUGCAGAUAUCGACGAAUGGCCAGAAAGCACUCAGCAUAUUCGGUACACACCAACUUUUCAUUUCUACCGAGAUGGUGAAAGAGUUGAUGAGAUGCUUGGUGCUGGAGAGGAGAGGCUGCGAGAUUGUUUGUGGUUGCAUUCCUGA